AUGGAUGAUAGCACUGCUCCUAGAACAUCAGAAGACGAUUCAAGAAUUUCAAGACGAAAAUCAAAGAGAAAAAAGAGUAAAAAGGUUGAAACACCGAAAUCGAAGAAAAAAGGUAAGGUUGUGCCAAAAUCUGUUAGGAAGUUGUAUAGGUCUGGUUUCACAGCACUACAUAGCCUGGUUGCCAGAAUGAAGGCGAGUAAAUAUACUUUGAGUGAAGCCACAUUGGAAAAGAUAGUCGAAUCUUCUUAUGGACAUAUGUUUUUGAUGUUCUGGCACACUAAGUACUCAGAAAGUCAUUGGGAAAAGUUGGAAGCUGCAGUGAAGAAGUACUUGAAGUGUUACAAAAGGGGUCGAGUCAAGAAUGAGCUCACAUUUGAGUUUGUUAGAAGAGGUGAAACACACAUUAUCACGUCGACACCAGAAAAAAUGGGUGUAAUGUUUGGAAUGCCAAGAAUGGCAGGAAGAAGAACUGAUGACACCUUUUUGAUGGUAGGUGGUGGAUGGAGGAAGAAACCAUUCUACAUUAGACACUUUGGUGAUAGCAACACGGUUACAAGACCAAUGCUACAAGAUGCCAUCUUGAAACUGCUCAAGCGUACUGGUAUCAAGAAUUUCAAAGAAUGUAUCUUGGCUGACCUGAUACAUAGUUUCUUAGAGAAGAAAAUCAAUCAGAACUACAACACUCCCGAGGACAUCACUGGUUGUGUCGUCUAUUUGUUGUUGUUGUAUGCGGAGCAUACUCACUUGGUGAAACCAGUGACGUUACCAGAUGAUCGAUACCUUCCAAGAGCGGCAAGGUGGAACAUCAAAGAAAUAUCUGUUGAGUUUCUAAAGGAUAUGGAGGCUUCGCAAUACACAUUCUCUAAAGAAUUUAAGGAUGAAUAUACUAUGUAUGAAAAAGAAAUGUUGAAUGAAAUUGCUCAAAGGCUUCCAGUUGAAGAAGUGCCAUUGACAGUAGAUUGGCAAGAAAAAUUCGAGGAUUUGGAAGUAAAGAAUGAAGAUUUGAGGCUGACAAUUGCAGAAAAAUGGUGUGAAUUACAGAGCAGGAAAGAGGACGGCCUCCCCAUUGAUGUGAGUAUCCUAGAAGAGCUUUUGAAUGAUAUAUAUCACAGAGCUUACCCACCUCCACAACCAAACUCGGGAGAAGAAGAAUCUAGCAGUAGCUCUGAAGAAGGGCAUGAUGAUUUGGAUGACACCGUUCCAUCAGCAACUACUCCUUUGGUAACAGAGGAUGAACAGGAAAUUCCAGAUGAUACCCAAGAAAAGUCGAAUGAACAGGGAAAUGCUACUCCAACAAUGCCUGUUAUGGGGGGCUCUGAAGAAAAUCUCACACAGUUCGAUAUUGAAGUUUCACAGUUUAAAAUUUGGGCUAGAUCUGAUUUGGAGCGAAAGGUGAAAGAGCUGCAAGAGGAAAAGAGCAUGCCAGAACCAUCACAGACUGAAAAGGCUGAACUCCAACAAACAGCAGCGACACAAGUUCUGGGUAAUAUUGAAGUGGAAAUUGGUUCUCUUAGAGAUAGACAGGGUGCAUCGCUUGAAGAAAUGUUGCCGAAUAUGCAGUUUAUGCCUUUGGUUUGUGAGCUGCCGAGUCUCAAAGAACUGCAUACCGUGCCGAUGGAGAAACUGAUUGACCUGGCCAUCCAUGGGAAGGGUAUUUAUACCGAUGAGUACUCAAAAUAUCUACAAGCUGAAAUUAUGGGAGAUCCUUAUCCAUCCUUAGGAAUUCUUAGUCUGGAGUACCCGUCGACUGGUAGUUUACCAAGCUUGGAAAAAAUGGAAUCUUCUCAAAUCUUCGACAAAUUUUAUGCUAAAGAUCUGGAUCCUCCAUCACAAGUUUCAAGACCAACUUUUGACUUGGGUUUAGGACCAAGUGAUCAAAAUGGAGAAGAGGUGCAGCAGCCUGCAAUUGAUCUAGCCUCUGCAAUUGUUUUAGCUGCAGCUGAAAAAGCUCGUUUGAAAGCUGAUCUUCAGCAACCUGAACAAGAAGGAAUAAGGAAACCUUGGGAUCCCAUUCCAUUCAAUGAAGUAGAAAGGAAGAAGAAAAUGAAGAAUGACAGAAAGCAACAGCCUACUAAAAAAUUAGAGAGUCUUAAGUAUCCAGUUUUAGAUGCUGAAAAGGCAGAGGAAGCUCGACUGAAGAAGAAUAUGAGCGCCGAAAAAGCUAAAGCAUAUGCUGAGACUCUCCAACUUCUUUCUGAGCUACAGAAGGAUAACGAACCUGGAGUUAGUCAAACAUCAGAGGAAGAUGACGUAACACUUGCCAAGAGACUCGAAGAUAGGCUGGCUACAAAGAGUAAUGAAGUCAAACCAAUAGCGAAGUCGACCACGUCAGUCAUGGACAAGGAGAAGAAAAAGCCGACUAUCUCAGCCAAGGAGAAGAAACUUACUCCAAAAAUCACAUACACCCCUCAGAAGCCAGUAACUCGGAGCCACCCGCAGAAAAGAGUUGAUCCUGAGUUUGCUAGUGGCAAAGGACUGUCGGGACAUAAAAGGCGAAAAACAAAGUCCAGAACUGAAAACCCAGUUGGAAAAGAUUGCCCAACAGAGAAAGUUCAGAAAAAGGAUAGCGAGAAUGUGAGAAAGAGAAAAGCUAAAGGUGAUCCAAAUCUGCAAGAACUUACUAAAAAAGUGAAGAAUGCACGCCAAUCUACCUCAAUCAACAGUGCUUGGAAAGCUCCUGCUGUGAUUGGUCAUCACAUAUUAUCUGCAGAGACCUUUGAAGAUCUGCUACAUAACAGGGCUUUAGAGGGAGAUCUUAUAAAUUACUGGCAAUACCAACUGAAAAAAGCAUAUCAUAAUGAGCAACCAGUGAAUGGACAGAGAAAGUACAUUCCAGUACUCCACAUUGAUCCAACAGGCUGGUUUUAUUUAAGUGACCCAGUACAUCAAGUAGCAGCAAACACUGCUGUAUUCUUACCCAUCAGGAAUAUGGAGGAAGGAACCAGGAAGAUUAUUAUUCCAAUGUCACACCAAAACGUGCAUUGGACGCUUCUUGUGUAUGAAUGCGAGAAAGGCGAAUUCUUCCACUACAACACUUGGGAAGCUGUAUCCAAAAAUGAGUGUCUCGAUAAUGCUAAUCUUAUGGCAGAAUACUGCUUGUUAGCAAUUAAUGAACGCUUGUCGAGCCUGCGCCUUCCACUUGUAAGCAGAGUAAAGAUGAUUAGUUACCCAACACCUCAACAGGGAGACUAUCCAGAUUGUGCAAUAUAUAUCAUGCACAUCAUGAAGAAAGUUGCAAAGGAGGAAGUAAUUGAUGGAGUGCGAAUGAGCUUGGGAGACCCAGAAGAACUAAAGGACAAAAUACAUAAGAAGAGGAUCUCUUUAGCAUGCAAAAUACUCUCAGCAACAUCUCCUCCUGAGGAGAGCUGGAAUAUUCAUGCUCCAAAAGGUUUUUAAGACAGUGCUUAUAUGAAUU